AUGGCGAAUAAUGCUCGGAAGCUUAAGACAGAGAAGGGCACUCUGGCACUGCCUAAAAAUAGGCAAAGCAGGAAAUUACCAGCAGAAGUUGCUAGUAGAGUUGCCAGUUGUGCUCUGGAUGCAAGUACAAAGAUAUAUGCUGCUCGAGUUGAUCGUGUGCAUUCAGAUGGCAUGAAAAUGGCAGGCAGUCUCUGUAUGCUUGGUAAAUGUAAGAAUAAUCGCAAGAAGGCCGAAAAUGAUAAGGAAUGCAUAGAAAAUGCAGUGGAAGGUACAAAAAAAGUUACACGAAGACGAAAGGAAAGAAAAGUUAUCACAGAUAAUUCCCAGUCACUUGAUGCUCCAUUGGUUCAAAAUUAUCAGCUACAUCCAUCAUGUUUAUAUAUGAGAAAAAAGUUUGCCGAUUGUCGGCCAGGAAGUUCAAAUUUACUGACAAGGGUUGAGGUGUAUGAUGAUAGCUGCAAAUUAAAAUUUCUUCAUUCAGAAAAUUAUUUUCCCAAAGGAUGGAAGAACACAGAUACCUACAAAGCAUUCCCAUCUAUACAAGGUCUAAAAGAAAUGCACAUCAGCUCCUACAACUGUGAGCCUGCUGAUUUUUCAGAAGGACAUGAUAUUGCAGACAAAGGCAAAAUUAGCUACAUGGGACUGAUUCCAUGUUCUGCAGCUUCUCAGUUUAGUGAAAAGGUGCAGACUGAAAUAAUAGAUCACAAAAUAAAUGGAGAAGCAGAAGCUGAGUGUAAUGGAUUUUGUUCUGAUGAUGAUGAGGCAGAGAAUGACUGCCAGUCAGCUGUUGGUGUAGCAGCUUGUAUAUCAGAGAGACCACGUGAUAGGAUUAUUGAUAUAACAAAGCAUUUGUCAGCAAAGCCUUUGGAAUAUUCUUAUUUUAAUAUGGAGCAGUUACAGCUGUGGGCUGGACCAUCACACUGGAAGCUGCCAAGGAAGCAAGGUGCUUUUGUUUCAAAGAUGAAAGGCAGGAAAGGGAAGAAGAAAGAAAUUGUGGAAAACAUUUUUGACAUGGUGCCAAACGAUAUCUAUAAAAUACUUGCACUAGGUGGCACUAUAAUGCUAAAAAAGAAGACAGUUCGUGAUACAUGGGAGUCACGUAAAGUAACAAAGGAACUAGAUGUUCACUAUGACACUAAAAACUUUCAAACAUUGUACUUCAAGAAGAACACAAACAUUCUUAAAUUUGGACAAAGCAAUCAUGACAGGGAUGCAGAUGAUGAUUUUGAAGACAAUCUACCUGCGAAUGAAUACAUUAACUUAAAUGGCAAGGAGAAUAUGGAUCCUAAUGUGCACGUUGUGUCGGCUGCUAGGACUAUUACAUUUCCUGAGGCUGCCCCAUAG